CCAUCUUUGCAUAUUUGAUCGAUUUGCUUACUCGUUUAUUUCAAUGUUAUGUAAAACAAAAUGGGCGUAAGGCGAACAUUAUUAUUUUUUUUUAUUGGCAUAUACGUUUUUGUUUCUUGUUUAAAAUCAAAUUCAAUAAAUGCUGAAAAGGAGAAAAAUGAAGUCACGUGGCCCAAUGGAAUAAUAUCAUAUUAUUUCGAUUCCAAGAGUUAUGAUCAUGGGAUAGCCAUGCGACUUCGCAUGACAAUGAAUUUGUUGGAGAGUGUUUCGUGUAUCAAAUUCAUACCAAUCAUUGGCACACCGAACAGGAAUGGAUCGUGGUUACAUAUUUCUAACCCACGCUUGCAACGGCACUGUAUGCACGAACCACUAAAUAAAGGAAAUGGUGAACUGGUUUUAGUUCUAGGACUGGAUUGCCUUUCUGAGCAACAGAUAUUACAUACGCUCUUGCACGGCGUUGGUUUCAAAGACGAGGUGUCACAUCCUCAGAGAGAUCAGUAUAUAAGAAUAUUGUGGAGCAAUAUUCAGCCGGCGUACCAACAUCUUUUCAAAAUUCAACCUCGUGCUAAGAUGUCAAAAAAUAUGAUCGAAUACGACCCAAUGAGUGUAAUGCACUUCCAUGAUAGAGCAUUUAGCACCAACGGUCAAGCAACUAUCGCGCCUUUGAUAGCUGGAUUAGUAAUAACACCUUCGGAUAGUUUAUCACAGUUGGACAAAAUGAAACUCAAAUUGCGUUUUGGUCAUGAAUGUAAUAAACGUAACGUUGACGAUUUGUUAGAUAUUUGUAAAAAGGUCCUAUAUGAAGAUAUGAAUAAGGAAAAAAUACAUAUACCAUCUGAAGGUCAAGCUUUAAGUGAAGACGACAGUAAUGUUAGUGGAAAUAAUACUAAUAGCAUUGAAAAUAACGACCAAAAUAGUAAAGAAGAAGAAGAAGAAAAUAAUCCCGACGAUAGCUUAACUACUAAAAAUAAUGAUACACUUAGUCUACAUGUUUUUGAAAAUACAACCGAAAAACUUGGAGGUGAAUAUAAAAGAGUAAAGAACUGGUGAAGAAACAGUGUUCAGGUCGAGUGAAAAAUAAUUUUAAUGUAAUUAAUACGUUGUUUUAUUUAUUUACCAUUAACUAUCGA